AAACUUUCCGUGUGUCUGUCAUCCGUCGUCCGUUUAUCGUCUACAGACGAUUUUAUUAGACAACUAACGUCUGAAACUAAUGGGCCGAUUGUUGUGGUGUUUUAGACUUGUUUUAAGAAUAUUGUGUAAAUAGUAGACGCUCACAAAUUUGUCUGGUCCGCCCCACCAAAAACUUGAUGACGUCAUUUCAAAACAAACAGAAAUACAGUGUUACGCCUGGAACAAUAGUUGUGCAAAUAACGAAAUGUGUGUUCUACAAAAAAUCAAAUCUGUUCUUUUUUUGCCCAUAGUUGCGUUCUUUCUUAUCUGAAUGCUUUUUUAAUUCCGUUUACUGUUAGUUACAAAAUGGUUGACUGACACUUCUACAAUACGCAAUAAUAUUCAGGCUAUUGCCUAAGUAAAAUGUUGUAUAAAACAAACUUAUCGAGUUUUCAUUUUUUGCGGUGAAAUUUAUUUUCUUUUUGAUAAGCAACAAAACAAAUGGAAAAGUACUAAUACUAUUUGUCAUCACGGUAUUGUUGACCAAGUUUGAUGGUUGUUACGCUAUAAUACUUAAAUAAAACUAUGAUCCGAUAAGGACAACUGAAGUACAGCUUUGUCUAAAAUCGUGUUCAUUCGUUACCUAUCUGAUUCUGUAUUUAGAUAUUUAUUUUUUAUAUGAAAUACACACGGUUGUUUCUAACAAAGUUUUGGUUGUGACGAAUUAUUUUGGAAACGUCCAUGACUGUAGCUGUAGGGCUUGUUUUGUAUAUCUUUCUGAAAUUUCCGAUGUAUUUUCUUAUGAGUUAUAAUUCGGGAAAAAAUAAAGAUAUCUAAAACACAUAAAUAAAGUACAAUAUUACCCUCCUCUUAUCGGUUACACACAUGCAUAUUUUAAAAACUAUAUAGUCCAUACAUUUUAAAACCAAUAUACAUAAUCUUAUCGAGAACAAACGUAGUGCAACGAUCUUCCGGUGUGCACGUAUAGGUUCAAAGUAGCCCUAGUGUAGGUCAACAAGUUUAAAUGGUGGAAGAUUUCAACGAAUUUUCUUACUUUCAAUUUUACACAAACUCUUGAGGUAGUUUACAAGUGGUUGUGGCAAAACGACGAACAUUAGCACGACGAUCGAGUUAUAAGUGUCCGACGGAUAAUGCAUUUAUUUGUGUGUUGUAUAUAUGUUUGUGUCAUUGUUGUGAGUAUAUCCGAAGCGCACUACACCCAACAAUGGGCCGUCCACAUCGAAGGUGGGCCCCAGGUAGCUGACGAGGUCGCCCGAGAUCAUGGCUUCGAGAACCAAGGCCAGAUUUUCGAAGAUUACUACCUUUUCACGCACAGAGGCGUUUCCAAGAGAUCUCUCGUUACGAACCCCGAAAAGAAGGUUAAACUCGCGGUCGACACCAGGGUACGAUGGUCCCAACAACAAAAAGCGAAGAAACGGGUCAAGAGAGACUUCAGACUACAAGAUGCCGACCCCAAAUGGCCCAGCAUGUGGUAUCUGAAUAGAGGCAACGGUUUAGAUAUGAACGUUAUUCCCGCUUGGCUGGAAGGAAUAACGGGUAAAGGUGCGGUGGUGACGAUUCUUGACGAUGGUCUUGAAAAAGACCACCCCGACUUGCUACAAAAUUACGAUCCUAUGGCUUCAUACGACGUCAACAGCCAUGAUUCUGAUCCUAGUCCAAGAUACGAUAUGAUUGACUCGAAUAGACAUGGAACAAGAUGUGCUGGUGAAGUAGCGGCUACUAGCAAUAAUUCUGUGUGUGCUUUGGGGGUGGCCCAUGGGGCACAAGUAGGUGGUGUGAGGAUGUUAGACGGUGAUGUGACCGAUGCAGUUGAGGCUAGAUCCUUAAGUUUAAAUCCUCAACACAUUGACAUCUACAGUGCUUCAUGGGGCCCCGAUGACGAUGGCAAAACUGUAGAUGGUCCAGGGGAGUUAGCCACUCGAGCUUUUAUCGAAGGAGUGAAAAACGGACGCAACGGCAAAGGCUCGAUUUUCGUUUGGGCUUCAGGCAAUGGUGGCCGGGAUCACGACAAUUGCAAUUGUGAUGGCUACACAAACUCCAUUUAUAGUUUAUCUAUAUCUAGUGCUACCGAACACGGGCAUGUCCCUUGGUAUAGCGAAGCGUGCAGUUCUACCUUGGCUUCAACUUACAGCAGCGGAGCUGUGGGGGAAAGACAGGUUGUCACUACAGACUUAAGACAUUCUUGCACUAGUAGCCACACAGGAACUAGCGCUUCGGCACCACUUGCAGCGGGAAUUUGUGCACUGGCUUUGGAAGCCAAUCCUAAUCUAACCUGGAGGGACAUGCAACAUAUUGUCGUACGAACGGCAAGACCGCAGAAUUUGAUUGCCCCAGACUGGCAAACCAAUGGGGUUGGGAGGAACGUUUCUCAUAGUUUUGGUUACGGCCUGAUGGAUGCCUACGCCAUGGUUCAGUUGUCCAGAAAUUGGAUUACAGUGCCUGAGCAACACAAAUGCGAGAUCACUGCACCUCACGUCCAAAGGCCUAUUCCUGCCAAGAGUGUAGUCGUUUUACAACUACAGGUUAAAGAGUGCGAAGGAGUCGAAGUGUUAGAACACGUCCAAGCCAAACUAACAAUAUUUUCUCAAAGACGUGGUGAUCUUAACAUUCAGUUGACGUCACCAAUGGGUACCCGGGUGACUUUGCUGGCCCACAGAGCUCACGAUACCUCUAGAAUAGGUUUUACUCACUGGCCUUUUAUGUCUGUGCAUUCGUGGGGCGAAACUCCAUUUGGGACAUGGCAGUUGGAGAUUCACAAUGAUGGUCGUCUUCUUGGUCGAGCUACACUUCAGAACUGGUCUUUGGUCCUUUACGGGACCAAAUCAUUUCUUCCUUCUUUACCUAAUAGCAUAGAAUCAAAUAAAGUAACCAAACCUAAAGCAAAUAACAUAUUUAAAAAGAAAAAUUCGAAGAAACAAAAAAAUAAGAAUUCGCAAAAAGUAGUAACGACAAGUAAACCGCCAAAAUCUCAGUUUAAAUCAAAAAUAAAAAGUACCACGUCAAAGUAUUACGUACCUAACGUUACAAAUAUUAACUACUCGAAAAACCGCAAAGUAACUAAGACUACCACGGAAUUUUCUCCAUAUUUUUACGCGAUAAACAGUAGUAAAUAUAAGAAUUCAGAAGAGGGAGUUAAGCCAUAUUUGAAGUUUGUUAAAAAUAUAACUAUAACUUACCCCGUGAUGAUACCGUCUAAAGAUACCACUAAACCUCGUGAAUCGUUUAAAAAAGCUCAAAAACAAAAAGAAAAAAGCCGCGAUAUUAACUCUAAUCGAAACGCAAAAGUUUUUACUACUAAAACGACCGAAUUAACGACUUACGUAACUACUACGAGUUCUCCCAAAGGAAAAUUGGCAAACGUGACCGCAUGGGACUUAACCUUGUAUGGUACGGCCACUCCUCCAGCUGCCGACCUGAAACAAGAAACGGUCCAUCAGCCUUCUAUUGUUGAUCUGUACCCCCAAGAAAUUGAUGAUAACUCUAUCCACGACGCGUCUGCGAAUUCGCUGAAAUUCGGCGCUGAGGUCAAGAAAGAUACGUCCGGUUGCUUAAAAACUAACGGCCAGUUUUGUUUAGGUUUGUGUAUUGUUAUAAUUAUGUGCUGCACGUCCUCAUAUAACUGCCAAGACACUCUCUAUGUCCUAUUAAUAUAUACUAUCAGUUCACUAAUUUUCAUGUUCGACUUGUAUUUAAACAUUUGGAUCAAGUCUUGCCAUAUUAAACGUAGUAUCAUUGAAUUUCAUAAUGUAAAGACAUCAUACAGACUUCACUGUCUUCAUUCAACCACCAAUCAAGAGAAAGAAAAUUCUGACAACAAUUUUCACAGAGACACGCGGAAAAACAAAUGUAAAGUAACCCGACACAUAUUUAAGGAUGUUUUUUUGAAUAUAUUUUUUGUAGUACAAGUAGUAAAUACAAGUAAUUUUUUGCGGAUAGUAUAUCACAACAUUCGUAAAUGGUUACAUAGACUAAAUACGCUUAGAUUAGUAGUACUAUUUUGUGAUAUCUCAACGUUUUAUAUAUUUUUUAAGCUAAAGUGUUCAAUAUUAUACAUGUUACCUUCAUAUUCAAAAUUGUCUAACUGAAUUCUCUCAACCUACUACAAAUAAUCAUCACCCAUUUAUCAUGUGUGUGAAUUUUGUUAUGUUUAUGAAAUAUUUAUUUUUUAUCUAUUGUACAGUUUUAUUAUUUUCAAGCAAUUUUUAUUGUCGUCCAGUGAAGUAAACUAGCAAAUGUCCAGUACUCGAUCACUUUGUACUUAAUACAAGUCAGUACACGGUGAUGAAAUAGUAAAGUUUGUUAGUCAGUUUUUAUUUUUUGUUUUUGUUUAUUAUUAUUAUUACUAUUAUUUAAAUGUUGCUUGUCUGACAACAUACCAGUAUUUCGCGAGUAAUAUUAAGAUGUAUGUGCCAAAUUCGUAGUUCGUAGAUGUUACAAGAAAAAAAGAACAAGGUAAUCGCAGAACUGUUCCGCAUAAUUCGACUUAUAAGUGCAAUUACCUAACAACCUACAAAAGUACCAAUACUUUUAGAAACGGAAAUACAAUAAAGAUGGUAUAGAACGAUCUUUUACGUUUUUGGAUUAUUUUUCUACUUUACAUGCAAUGGUAAUAUUAGCUGUGAUUAUUUAAUAUUUAAUUAUUGUAAAUAACUUGAAAGACUCAUUUAUAUUUUAUUAUGUUGUUAAUUUUUUAAUAGUAGUUCCUGAAAACAAGUUCACCAUUAUUAUUAAGGUACCUAUGUACAUGAGAAUUUGUCUGAUAAUUAUAAUUGUAAGUAAAUUACUUAAUAUGCCUUAAUUUUAUCACGUUAAUUUGAUGAAUACUCAAACGAGUAUCCGCUCAAUGAAUGAAUGAGUGUUUGUAUGUAGUAAAUGUCUGUACUUAUCUGUAUUUUUAACUUUAGUCUUAGAUAAUUUGACAGAUUCUUUAGUCCUCAUGGCCUAGUCUUUAGCCAUUCUGUUGAGAUUUUUAUUUAUUAUGACUACCUACCAAAGACAAAUCUUUGGCCGUUUUUUACGUUUUUGAAACCGCUUAUUUAUGCAUCAUUCUCAACGGACUUGCUAAUAACUAAAAUAUAUUGUUAUAAUACAUGUACAUCAACUGUUUGUAAACUAUAAAAGAAUAAUAAAUUGUGGCUAAAACGAU